CAAAAAUUGCUUCAAGCUGUCAGAGGCCUACAGCUGCAGCAGGUACGGUUAUUGAUAAACUUGACUUGAAAAGUUUGGCAAGACUCAACGGAAACACUGAUUUUCUGAAAGGAACAAGAAUGGCCAGGAAAUUGAGCGCCUCUCUCUUCAUCAGUUCAAGUUUCUGAGGAUUAUGUCGGAAAAUUGCAUGUGAUCCCAUCAGCUUGUGUUAAACGCUGGAUGUUGUUUAGCAAGUAAAACUGAAAAUGAGUCACGAGGGACAGGAAAGUCAAGGAACGGGACUGGGAGACGUCUUUGAUAUUCUCCUUAAAGCACCUUCGGAGCGACUGCUAAGCCUGACUCUCCAGCUGGGUGAGAGUCCCGAAGACGGUAUAAUACAAGCCCUGUGUCUGAUCGUUCUCCAGAGAAAGGCGCAGGCCCUGAACAAACUCCAGAUGCUGGGGGACAACUCCCUCGCUAACCAUCUGGCUGAAAAAUGGCAGACGAGCGGCGGCAAAUUACAAGAUUUUGCAGUUCAUUGUGGUCAUUUUCAGGCCUUGACAGGGGACUCUUUGGCAGCGCUGGCUCGAAUUUUUAAAGUUUUGUCAGAGCAGAGACUGUGCGACCCACUUUUAAGAAAUCUUGCAUAUAAAAGAGCCAUUUCCACUGAUUGCCAAAGCACAAGCAACUGUGAGGAUUUGCAAUAUGAUCAAUUCAGAGAGGAAGCCAAGGCUGUCUGUGGGCCUCAGGUUGCAGAGUGGAUAAGCUCCUCCACCGAAGUCAAAUCAGAGUCUUACACUGAUCCCGACAGAAGCUUGAAUGAAGGAAAUACAACCUUAAAAGUUGCGAUGUCCCAGGAUCCAUCUGCAAACACACACUGUCUUCCCAGUCCUCUGCAGGCCUGCCCCUCAAUGUCCUCAUACCCUACUCAUCUAGAGAUAAGUAUUCCUCCAACAAUCUCAUUUCAGGGCGACAAAAUAGCUCCAGCAACUUCAGGAAACGCCAUACAAAACACUCCCACACUCCUCUUAAGUGAAAGUGGAACAAAUAUUGCACCUGGACAGUCUUUGUCAUCUGAGCCUCGGUCUAAAUCCAUCAAAUCUCUGUUGGGAGCAAAGAAAGACUCAAGGAUGAGUGAAACAUUAGCAGCAGUGAGCAGUAAGUCGGACAGUCAGAGUGCGACUCCAAGCCAAACAAACAAACCAAGCACUGAACCAAAAUUUGCACUACCUUCUGCGACAAACAUUUUUCUACCCAAGACGCCGUUUCCAAAAGAAAUACACGAAAGCAGCAAAGUUCCAGAAGAGGAAGAAGAAGAAGUGUUUUAUGCAUUUGUGAUCUUGCAUGCUCCUGAGGAUGUGGAAGUGGCUGAAUGCAUGAGGGAGAAGCUGGAAAAAGUCACAAGUAGUGAAGGUGCAACUUUCUCUGAGGACUUUGCCAUCCCUGGAAAGAGCACUCUGAAGUGUGUGGAGGACGCUAUCAACAACUCAGCCUUUACCUUCCUGCUGCUCACCCGUAACUUCAACACUCGCAUGCUGGAGAUGAAGACAAACUCUGCCCUUAUCAACUCCAUAAACAAGAAACACAAGUACAACACAGUUAUCCCUCUGCUGCCGCGGGAGAACUGCAUGCCCAGGCAGUGUAUCCCUCUACCCCUGCAGACAAUAGUUCCACUCGAGGAGAACAAGAGCUUUGAGAGAAAAAUACAAAAGUCAUUGACUCCAGCAAAAAUUGAAAAGCAGAGACGAAUCUGGACGGCGGAGCAGAGACUAAAAACUCAGAUGGAGAGACAGGAAAAAGACAACUUGACCAUUUUGAUGGAACAACAACUUCUUCUCGGUCCUGGUGGGACAACAGAACAGGCGGGAGGUGACGGCAAAGCCUGGUGGCUGCAGCAACCGAGCAUUCAUAUUGAGAAUGCCAAUUACAUUAUGAUCGGUAAUGACUCUCAGAUGACUGUAGAUUUAGGUGGAAACUCAGACAAAGAUGAUUCAAUGUACACAGGAAAGGAGCAAUGAAUGUAAAGAUGAACAUCAGCAUGCGUUUCUGAUGUAGGAUCAAUGGAUGUGUAAAGAAUCAAAGAAUGUUUACGUAACACUAAAAUAUAAAAGCUAUCAGAACUGAUCAUUUCACUCUAUUCAAACCUGCUGGUUAGAGUAAUUUAGAUUCGGUAAAACUGACAAAAGGGCAGUUAAGGACUAUGCAAAUGUUUUCACAAGACACUGCCACAAAAAGAUGCAUUGAGCAGAAUAUGAUGUUUUUCAGUAUUUUUAGUAGAGGACUGCCAUCUACUGACUGAUAGCGGAUAUAGAUUUCAUGACCUCUUCAGCUGUAUAAACACACUGUGGGCACUAGAGAGCAACACUGCUACACGGUACUUCUUUCCCUGUAUGGAACUUCCUGAUGUACGGUAAUAUCCAAUAGCCUUACUGUCCUUUGACUUUACAUGGAAUAAUCAUUAACGUCCAAUAUUUUCCAUAUCCAGUGGCCCAUAUGAGUGUAUGCAGGUUUUAACAGUAUCAGAUUCGUUGAUCAGAUUGCAUUUGUAGUGGUUGAAAUGAUCUGCAAAAUAUGAUAAUUUAUAGCUACAGUUUUUUCUAUCACAUCAUUUGGAAUUAUGUAGGUUUCUUCCUUCAUAUUUAUAAUUCACAGGACAACAGCACCAAGCUGUUAGAAUUUACUAAACAGCUCAGGUUCAUGCUCAACUAGGAUCUAAACCACAAGCCAAACGGCACCCUGGAGUUCUCAUAUGAGCUGCUUUUAAUAGUUCAGACAGAAAAAAAACAGGACAAGCAGUGAAACAAACUACCUAAGGAGAUGAGGUGAACGUCUCCGGUGUCUUCCUUAAAACACACUUAAGAGACUUAAUUUCUUACAAAGUUUGCUUACAUGUUUACUGCUCGUGUCUGUUCAGUUUUGCUGUAAUUUUGUCGUUUAGGUCGUUUCUUGUUUUUGUGUAACGUUCACUGAUGCACUGUGUGAACAAGCAUUGGAUGGUACUGUAAGAAUAAUCUUUUGUCCCAUCCACAUGUUUUUCUGUGGAUGUGCAUUCAUGCUCCUGAUUUUAUCUGUAACUGAUCUGCAGUUGGUGGUGGAAGAAAUAUUCAAUACUUUGGUGACGGACCAACAUCAAUAAUGGAAAAUAAUCCAUUGCAAAUAAAUAAUUU